AUGCCGCCCAAGCUCGUCUCUGGAAAGGCUGCCAAGAAGGCUUCCAAGGUGAAGCGUCCUAAGACUGACAAGAAGAAGAAGCGAAGGAGGAAGGAGAGCUAUGCCAUCUAUAUUUACAAAGUGCUCAGACAGGUCCAUCCGGACACUGGAAUUUCUUCCAAGGCGAUGUCCAUAAUGAAUUCCUUUGUCAAUGACAUAUUCGAAAGGAUAGCUGCCGAGGCCAGCAGACUUGCUCAUUACAACAAAAAAUCUACGAUUACCAGUCGCGAAGUCCAGACCUCCGUUCGACUACUACUCCCCGGUGAACUUGCAAAACAUGCAGUUUCUGAAGGCACCAAAGCUGUGACAAAAUAUACCGGCUCUAAAUAA